AGUAAUUUUCUUUCCUUUUCGUCACUUCUGAAAUUGAAAAACGUCAAAGAAGUAAGCAAAAUUUCGAUUGUUUCGAGCAGGUAGCGUUCGAAAGGAAGAUUUCCCCGUUUUUCUUCUGCUUCUUCGCCAUGUCUGCGCGAAGGCGGACCUUGCUUAAGGUCAUUGUUCUGGGAGACAGUGGGGUUGGAAAGACGUCUUUAAUGAAUCAAUACGUACAUCAAAGGUUCACUCAACAGUAUAAAGCGACAAUUGGUGCUGAUUUUGUUACGAAGGAUAUUCAGAUCGACGACAAACUUGUCACCCUCCAAAUUUGGGACACAGCAGGACAGGAAAGAUUUCAAAGUCUCGGUGUUGCUUUUUAUAGAGGUGCGGAUUGCUGCGUUCUGGUUUAUGAUGUCAAUGUUCUGAAAUCGUUUGAUACCCUGACUAAUUGGCAUUCGGAGUUUCUCAGACAGGCGAGUCCACCUGACCCCAAAACAUUUCCAUUUAUAUUACUUGGGAACAAGAUUGACAUAGAUGGUGGAAAUAGUCGAGUGGUCUCAGAUAAGAAAGCAAAGGAGUGGUGUGCUUCCAAAGGAAACAUACCUUACUUUGAGACCUCAGCAAAGGAGAAUAUCGAUGUCGAUGCUGCAUUUUUUUGUGUUGCCAAAAAUGCAUUAGCGAUUGAGCGUGCACAUGACAUAUACUUUCAACCCCUACCAGAAGCUGUUGUUCCUGAAAUUGAGGAAAGGGGAGGAGGAUGUGCAUGCUGAAAAAAGACCGACUCAUCUCCGCCCCCUGUUGCGUGUGAAUCAUAAUUUUUGGAACCCCUCUUUUUUUGCAUUGUUAUGAUUCAGAGCCAUUUUUUGUAACUACCUCAUGUACACUAAAUUUUUCGAUUGAGACCUUGAUAGUGAGUGCUUCCAGCUGCUGUUGUAAAAACAGCCAUCUGUUUUGGUGGUGGUGAUGAAUUUGAAGAACAGAACUGAAAUAGAUAAAACACAUUUUUGAAUUGUUCA